CAUUGGUGCGUUUCAAGACUUUUAAAUUCCAAACGGUUUUCACCCAGAGAAGGCGAGAGGGCUUCACGGGUUCACUCUGUUCGCCCAGACGGCAGCUGCAUGGUUUGACAGAAGUCGUUACAAUUCCUGGGAACUGAAUCCGUUUUUUUGAGGAUGAGUUCUGCUGAAGUGAAUGAUGAGAAUCGUGGGGUCUGCCCUGGAGGAAAACACAACAACUCAAAUAUCGACAUAUUUGCCCUGGAUCAGCCGACUGGGAGGCCCUCCAUCCUGCGUCAGUCAGAGAACCUGCCCAGCAAGACCGUGCCAAAGGGGAUGAAGGUGUGUUUUCAGACACCAAGACGAGACCCUUCGACUAAGAGAAUCCUAUCUCCAACCAAGUCUGGGAAGAUGACCAAUGUGGAUGAGUGCACAAAAGCAAUGGAGUCCUUGAAUUUAGAUAAAGCAAAUGUUUUGCCACAAGAGGUCACUGAUCACCUUGAGGAGCCCAAAAUUGAAGUGUCCACUUAUCCUGAUGACGACAUGCCAAUACAAAGCAAGGGAGACUAUGAGCUGGAUUUUGACAACCUCGAUGCUGUCGAUCCGUUUCAAAGUUCCAAUAAGAUGGUUUUCUCUCCAGAAAAACCCGCUGUUGAAAAGUCACCCACUGGUCAAAUUGUGUCUCAACACACGGAGCCAGAGAAAAUCUCGGAGGAGCCCACCAAGAUGGAAUCGGCCUUAGAUGAGACGCUUCCGUUCACUCCCUCUGUGGAAAAUUCACUGGUUGACGUCUCCGCCAACAUCAGCUCCACUGAGAGCAGCGUGGUCACCGUGGCAAAGGUCCCGGCAGUUGAGGAAGAAGAUUUGUGUACUGCGACGCCUGACGAAGAACAACUUGCAGAAAAUGCCCCAAAUGCUGAUCAAGACAAAGCAUCAGGUAGCUUUCCGGACGAUGCCCCACUGCCAGGGAAAGGUACAUAUAACUUUGAUUUUGACAACCACGAUGCAAUGAAUCCUUUCCAAAGCGGUGGCUCUAAAAUCCCGAAUUCCCCAGUCCCUGGAAAAAAACUGCCAGACACUAAUCCACCUGUCGAUGAGCCUCAGAUAAAAGAAGAUAAACCUGCAGAUGUUGCUGAUGAUGUUGCUGAAGUGGCUCAAACGUUGCCUGUUCAGCCUGAUGUGAAACCCAUGGCUGCAGUCAUCCCCAUGUCCACGUACACCGCCCCAUCUCCAGCUGCUGAAUCCCAGCCGGACGUUGCCCCAAUCAAGGCAGGCCCAAUCAAACUAGAGUUCAAUUUUGAUGAUGAGAGUGAAGUCAAAAGGAAGCCGCCACCCAAGAAAUUUGGCAAGAGGCCAUCUGGUGCUAAACCUAAAGGGGGAAAUUCGGCGUCUGAUGUCAAAAUACAAACAGAAACUUCAGUGAAACCUGAGGCCGGCGAUGUAGCUUCAGCUCCUAAAGGCUCGUACUCGUUUUGCUUAGACAAGUUUGACGACCCAAACUUCAAUCCCUUUGGAACAAAAACCAGCAUGAAUAACUCUCCAGCGUGCAGCAAGAAACCCAGCCCCGUGAUAAUCGAAACUGCCAUUCCGGAGCAAACGGAGAUGCCUGAGAUGGAAGCCGUAUCACCAGCAUGUCCUGGAGAGAGUGUCCCAGCUGCUGAACCCAGCCCCCUUGUGACUUCAGCCCCCGAUAAUGACGAGGGAACUGCGCAGAGUCUUCCAGAACUUUCCCAACUGUGUCAACCGGAGAAGAAGUCGGAGCCUGCAAUGUUAGACUUCACAGACUUUGUCCCUGGAACAAUGUUCAUGGCCAAUGAUUUUGAUGGACAGAUGGACUACCUUGAACAGUUUGGCUCCACCAGUUUCAAGGAAUCUGCACUGAGGAAACAAUCCCUGUACCUUAAAUUCGACCCACUCCUGCGAGAGAGUCCAAAGAAGUGUGCGGCCGCAGACCCUCAGACCCAAGUCCCUCGUCCCGGGGCCUUUGUUUCACGACUUGAAGCUCCACAGAUGGCAGAUAAAGAGGGAACAAAUGGACCACAAAACUGUGAUUUCAGACUGUUUGAUGCUGCAGCACCAACUCCAAUCCUUGAGAGUCUCGUCCCUGCUUUCCCACAGCCGGCAAACACAGAGGACGCCAUCAUUGAAGUGCUGAAGUACAGUCAGAAAGACAUGGACGCAGCCAUCGCCAAAGUACAGGCAGAAGCAAAGGAAAAAGACCAGCAAUGGAGUGUAAAGUAUAAAAAGCUUCUUGAUGAUGGUCAAGAAAUGAGGAAAAUAAUUGCAGAAUUUGAGCUCAUGAUUGCUAAAAUGAUGGCUGAUCAGGAGAAGGAGAGGGAGGCGGCCCAGGCGAAGCUCAAAGAGGCUCUGCUGGAGAAGGAGCAGGCGUCCGGUGACCUGAACGCGAUGGAGCGAUCGUUCUCUGAGCUUUUUAAACGAUAUGAGAAGUGCAAGGGCGUCAUUGAGGGUUACAAAAAGAACGAAGAGACUCUGAAAGCCUGUGCGCAGGACUACCUGGCAAGGAUCAAAAAGGAGGAGCAGCGCUACCAGACCCUUAAAGCCCACGCUGAGGAGAAGAUCGGCCAUGCCAAUGAAGAAAUUGCAGAGGUUCGGUCCAAGUACAAGGCAGAGGUGUCGGGUCUGCAAGCGCAGCUGCGCAGGGAGCAGCUGAAGGUGCAGUCGUUGGAGAAGAGCAUGGAACAGAAGGAGAAGGAGCUUGAAGAGCUGACCAAGCUUUUGGAUGAACUCAUCCUCAAAGUCCAGAAGGGCUGAGCUCAUUUGUAAAUACUGUUAAUGUUUUAAAUACUUCCUGUUUUUUCUUUGUUGGUAUCCGCUAGAGCCUUCUUGUUGAGUCGUUUUGUCUUGUCAAUGUUCUUAGAAUACUGUAAAAAUGAUGAUAAUAAAGAUGAUGAUUUCA